GUACCACACCCCAUGGGCAUUUUCUUCAACAGGAAAUCUGCUUUUGAGCUUCGAAAUCUCUUCAAUCAGACUCACAGCUAACAAAGCUUGAAUUGUACUGACUCAAGAUGGCACAAGCACAACUCAACCUCAUAUCAAUUGCCAUUUUGUUUUCUCUCAUAGUUUCAAGUCUUGCCCGAGUUGAGCCAUCCUUGUCCAGGAACAACAAUUCCCAAACAAAAACCUACAUAGAGUCGUCUUGCGAGCGAACCCUCUAUCCUGAGAGCUGCGUUCGUUACCUUUCCAAAUUUGGCACCGAUUCGAACUCCACCACAGGUGGUCCUCAGCGCUUAGCGCACAUUGCCUUGUCAGUUAGUCUUACCAGAGCAGUGCACACAAGAGGGUACUUGUUGGAAGUGGCCAAGGAACUUGAGAACAAAAAGGUGUACUUAACCGUGCAAGAUUGUGUGAAUCAAAUCAAUGAUAGUGUCGACGAACUCAGCCAAGCCAUCCGAGAACUACGCCGGUUGAAUAAGUUUGGCUCCACCAUCAAUGAUAAAAUGUUGUGGCAUAUAAGCAACGUUGAGACAUGGGUUAGCACUGCCUUAACAGAUGCUAGCAGUUGUGUGCGUUCGUUCCCGGGUCAUAGGAUGAGCAAGAAGGUAGCUUCAAUUAAGGUUAAGGCCAAGAAUGUUGCAGAAGUCACUAGCAAUGCACUAGCUUUGUUCCAUAGAUAUGCUUCCAGUUACCGCCAAGCAGCUGCAGCUAGAACAAACAAGAAGCCUUGAAAUUAAGCUAUAAAACUAGCUUAUAACCACCCUCUUUUGUUUUAUGUACAUGGUACAUGCAUGUUUUUUCUUUGCGGGGUUUCGAUGGUUAUUCAUCAAGUGUCAUAUAUAUGGAUGUAUGAGUAAUUUCAUUUUGGCUUAAAUAAGUUUUUGGUCCCUAACCUUUACCAAA